AUGAAGCUCUUUUGCCCCUUCCUUUCUGCGCUAGCUCUUGUUGAAGGUGAUGAUGUACUGAAUCGUAAUGACUUUCAGACGUGUCCAGCGAUAGGUGGACCUCAUGGGAUGGAUUUUUACGAUAUCCUCGGGAUGGACUAUGGGGGAAAAGUGAAGUCUAUCUCGAUAUGUCAUGGUCAUCGUGUGGAUGGCAUUGUCAUGUCUUACGUGUACCCACAUGGUGCGAGCAUCGAUCGGUAUCACGGUAGAAAAAAGAAAUGUCAGUCUUUUGAUUUGGCCCCUGACGAAUACAUCACACACUGGGAAGCGCAUACUGUAAAGGCCGACCGUAAAACAAAAGUUUGCUACGUCAGAUUCACGAACAACAAGGGGGUUUCUUUCGAAGGAGGUCAUAACACAUCGAAUGAAAAUAACAAAGCGGGUUGCGACGCUCCCGAAGGAUAUCAACUUGGUGGAAUAUUUGGGCGCGAAGGAGAUGAGAUUGAUGCGCUUGGUCCAAUUUGGGUAAAGUUAGACGCUCCUCAAUCGAAUCCAGAACUUGACACAAUCCAGCACCCUCUGUAG